GCGAAAGUGUUGGCUGUGUGCAUUUCCCCCUCGCUCCAACGUUGCUUCAUCGUCCACACGUCGUGCCUUGCCUUGCUUCCAUGAUGAUGUUUGCUGUGCGUGCUGUCGCUCGUGGCACCGGUGCUCCCGUGCGCCGCAUGCUGUCUUCCACAGCCAGCGCCAAGUCUGUGCUGCCGAUGGACUGGCAAGAUGCGUUGAACCUGGAUGACCAGCUCACCUCGGAUGAGAAGAUGGCCCGUGACAUGGCCCGUUCCUACUGCAAGGAGAAGCUGCUGCCACGCGUCGUCUCCGCAUACCAGGAGGAGAGGUUUGACCGCGAGAUCAUGAACGAGAUGGGCGAGCUUGGUAUGCUUGGCUCCACCAUCGAUGGCUACGGCUGCGCGGCCAUGUCCUACGUCGCCUACGGUCUUCUCGCGCGAGAGGUCGAGCGCAUCGACAGCGCUUACAGGUCUGCCAUGAGCGUGCAGUCGUCGCUCGUGAUGUUCCCCAUCAACGAGUUUGGCACGGAAGCGCACAAGGAGAAGUACCUCCCCCGUCUUGCGACGGGCGAAAUUGUGGGCGCGUUUGGGCUGACGGAACCGAACCAUGGGUCUGACCCCGCGGGUAUGGAGACCAAGCUCACAAAGGUUGAUGGCGGCUUCCUCCUCAACGGCACCAAGACUUGGAUCACGAACUCGCCUGUUGCGGAUGUGUUUGUCGUCUGGGCGAAACUCGACGGCAAGAUCCGCGGCGUCAUUCUCGAGCGCGGCAUGGCUGGUCUUGAGACGCCCAAGAUUGAGGGAAAGCUCUCCCUCCGCGCCAGCGUCACGGGUCAAAUUGUGAUGGAGGAUGUGUUUGUUCCCGAGGAGAACAUGUUCCCCGAGGUGACCGGGCUCAAGGGCCCAUUCUCCUGCCUCAACAACGCCCGUUACGGUAUUGCCUGGGGCGCUCUCGGCGCUGCUGAAUCGUGCCUCGAGAUGGCGCGGGAGUACACGCUUGACCGGAAGCAGUUUGGGCGCCCACUCGCUGCGAACCAGCUGAUGCAGCUGAAGAUGGCUAACAUGCUCACGGAGAUUAGCAUCGGCCUCCAGGCCUGCCUUCGCGUCGGCCGCCUCAAGCAGGAGCGCGGCGUGUUUGCGCCUGACCAGGUGUCGCUGAUCAAGCGCAACAGCUGCGGCAAGGCGCUGGACAUUGCGCGCGUUGCUCGCGACAUGCUCGGCGGUAACGGCAUCUCCGGCGACUACCACAUUAUCCGCCACAUGAUCAACCUCGAGACCGUCAACACUUACGAAGGGACGCACGACAUCCAUGCACUCAUCCUCGGCCGCGCCAUCACGGGCCUGCAGGCGUUCAAGCCAGAGUGAAGCGACUGAAUUCAGUCCACAAAAUGAGCAAUAAAAGUGCAUUGAA